GAUUUAUCAUAUAAAAGAAAAUUUUAAGAUAACGUGGCUGUUGUGGGAAAUGAAAUUUUUAGGCCAAUCGGUCUGAGAUAUGCCAGCGAUAACAAUAAUAUCUCAUCAAUCUUCAAAAACAUCGUCAUCGUUAUUGUCGGCUAAAAUAGCGGAAUUACAGCAAUCAUCAUCAUUGUCGUCGCCGUCGUCGUUGUCCUGGAAUUGCCAGGUCUACGCGACACGACGUAAUCUUUUUGUAUCAGCGAUUGUCGACUCACGUUCAAGUAAGACAGUGCAUUGUCCAAAUUUAAAUGCCUGCUUGAUAAACGAAUCACGUUCAAGAUAUGAUCGAGUGAACUGUCAAACAAUCCAUUUUGGUUACGCGAUUCCAAUUAACAUCGUGCCUAUUCAGAAGAAUCCCGAGUUAGUCGGAUUAGUAUUGGAUCAGUCCAUCAAAUUGAACAAUCAAGUAGUGAAUUUCCUACUUGAUCAUCAUCCACAAUUGCGUCAACAAGAGUGUUUUUAUGAUAUGGCUGCCACAGCCAAACAUGAUUUACGUAGAAAAUUUCCUGCAGAUUCGUCUACUUCUGGCGAAGAAGACAUAGCUGCAAUUGCCAAGCAGAUCAGUGAUCAUGCAGAGGCAAUUUAUCAGACGUGGAAGAGCCGUGGAUUAGCACCGACUGAGAUUCUAACUUGCCACAGUAAUACAACUGCUGUUGAUAAAUUUGGUAGCACGUUGACACCUUGCAAUUCACCUACUAUCGGAAAUGCUGUGAUUGGAAAUAAUACUGGCGACAAGAUGUCAUCGUCAUCACUCGAACAUUCUUCCCCAACAACGGUAGAUAUAUUAAAUUCGCCAAAUCUUGAUAAUGGCAAUCUUGAAAAACUAGUCAAUAAUUUUGUAGUAGAGGACAAAGCUAGAAUAGCUGCUUCUAAACAGAAAUUACCGUCUAAGCCAUUACCAUCUUCCAUACAAUUUGCUCUACAGAAAUUUGAGAAAAACUCUAUGCAACAACAGCAAAUAGCUGUUGCAACAAAGAAUAAUAUAAUUGCUGAUAACUCAAAGAAAUUGUCGAGUGUCUUACUAACUCCUACCUCAUCAUUUUUGAACAAAUCACAAAUAAUAAAACCUCAGGUUUCUGCGAAGACGUCUAGCCCUCAUCACUGCGAAGUCUUCCUGGAGACUAUUGAAACUACUUUUCCAGUUGAUUUGACAUCUUCCAAUAGAAUACAGCAAAAGAGGCCUACUAGUACAUUAAUUACAUCAUCGUCCACUGAUUCCUCGUUAAACAUUAACUCAUCACAUUUGACCACUUCAGGUGUGACAACUUGGCCAUUAAAAAAUAAAUUAAAUGAUGUUAAAAGGGCUACAGAUGUAUCUCUCACAUCAACUAAAACAUCUCAACCAGAGGAUAUUACAAAAACAGUGCCAGCGCAGAAUGAGAAAAAAUCAGUCUUAACAAGUUUAAACUCACGAUGUGCGUAUCUCGACGAAGUUGCACGAGAAGAAGAAAGACUGAUAAAUGCUUUAAAAACAGGUGCUGUAAUUACUGAAGAACCAGAGAAGAUAAUAACAUGUUUGCGCAAUAAACAAAAGCCGGCUAUUAAACAAGAAAAACCAAAAGUUGAAUCGGUCAAACAAAUCAUUAUCGGAGGCCAUUAUUAUGGGAAUAAUUCAAUAGCAUCGAAUUCAAGAACUUCUAGUUCUAUGGAAAAUGUAAUCAAUAAUGAGAGAGACAAUGCUGGCACUGUCGCCACUGUACCUACUAGUCAUAUUGCAUUAGUUAAUAAUGCAAAAUCAUUCAGCAAGGAUGAUCUGUCCGCUAUGUCAGCGGUUGACUAUGCUAAAGUUAGAUACCAGGCCGCUCAACAAAAUCCACCCACCCAACAACGACUUGAGGAGAAACGAGCUUCAAACAAUACGUACAAUAGUUGCACCACAGAGCAAUUGGUUUCCAGCACAAGAACGAAAUUUGAGAUGGAAAUACAAAAAGAUAAGGAUAUUAAAGACUUGGAUAAGAACUCAGUGACAUCUAGAUGGGGAUCAAAAAUUACUUCUUCACGACCACGUCUAGAACAAGUUGUACCUCACCCAGAAUUAACUAAUCAACAAAAGCAACAUAUAAGAACGGCCGUGACGACAGGAACGAGCAAUAAUCCUGUCAGACCAUUCCUCACAAGAGGCUCCGUGGCAGAGCGUGUACUCAUUUUUGAAAAAUGUCCAAGCGAGCUGCUGUUAGACAAACGUGGUCCACGACAACCGGCCAUCAAUACAUUGAGUGGUGGUCAUGAGGUGCAAAAUAAAGCUCAGAUUUACUCGAGAGAGAAGACGCAGCAAAAAAGUCUGCCACCACAUACAACUUUACAAAGACAAGUAAAAGCCAAUAAGAGUGUUCAUAUACCGAGAUUUUAUUUUCCAGGAGGGAAAUCACUUCCUCUCUCACAGUUAGAGAGGAUCACCUCAAAAAUUACUGUGGCCUUUCAGAGUUUACCGAAUUGUUGUGCUUCUCAAACACAAUUUCAUAUUAUCACGAAGGCUUGCGAUUUACCCUUGUAUUGGAAAGUACCACUUUUCCUGGCAACAGGCGGUGAGCAAAAAGGAUUUGUCGAAAUGAAUGUCUUUCUAGAAUUUUGGAAAAAAUUAACAACUAUUCAUCACGAUGCUGCUUGUAAAUUUAUCAGUAUAAUUACUCGGAGUCUCCGAGACUAUAUACUCCCGGAAGAUUUGAUACCACUAGUACAAGAUGUAGUAGAAACACAUCCAGGAUUGACAUUUUUAAAGGAAGCUACAGAAUUUCAUUCCCGCUACGUACACACGGUAAUUGCUAGGAUAUUUUAUUGUGUAAAUCGAAGUUGGAGUGGUAAAAUUUCAAUUGCGGAAUUAAGGAGAAGUAAUUUAUUGGCAAUGAUCGCUAUGCUUGAGCACGAGGAAGAUAUUAAUCAAGUUACAGCAUACUUCAGUUAUGAACAUUUUUAUGUGAUAUAUUGCAAAUUCUGGGAAUUGGAUCGUGAUCAUGACCUCUUUAUAGAUAAAAUAGAUCUAACAAGGCAUAAUGAUCAUGCAUUAUCUACCCGAAUGAUUGAACGAAUAUUUAGCGGUGCUGUAACGAGAGGUAGUAAGGUAAAAAACAAUAACGAUGCGCAACAAAUGGAGGGUAAAAUGAGUUACACAGAGUUUGUGUGGUUCCUUCUUAGUGAAGAAGACAAGAAUCAUCCUACUGCUAUUGAAUAUUGGUUUAGAUGUAUGGAUCUCGAUGGUGAUGGGUACUUGUCGAUGUAUGAAUUGGAAUACUUCUAUGAAGAACAAUUACGUCGAAUGGAUGCGAUUGGUUUAGAUACGUUGCCUUUCGAAGAUUGUCUUUGUCAGAUGUUGGAUAUGAUUCAUCCAGUGGUACCAGGCAAGAUAUCAUUAAAUGAUUUGAAAAAAUGUAAAAUGACAUCCAUUUUCUUUGAUACUUUCUUCAAUUUGGAAAAGUAUCUAGAUCAUGAACAGAGGGAUCCUUUUGCUUCUACGAGAGAUCAUGAUCCUGAUGGCCACGAAGUAUGUAAUCAUUGGGAUCGAUUUGCAGCAGAGGAGUACGAAUUAUUGGUUGCCGAAGAAAGUGGCAAUGAGCAACAAGAACAAAUGUUGCAUACUAUUGUCUCCUGGAAAUUAUCGCCAAAUGUGGAUAUUUUAAUCGACAACUCGGUGGAUAUGGUCAAAGAUUCAAAUUCAUUAAUGAAUUCAUUGGAUAUGCAACAGUCGGGACAUGAUAGUGCAGAUACUGAUACUGAUUACGCAGAUAGCGAUAAUUAA